CAUUGUAUCAAUCCGGUCGUUGUAACGAGCACGUCGAUUGGCUAUAAUGCGUUCGUCGCGCCAGCUCUGUCUGCGCCAGCCAGCAGGCUGGCGCCAGGGGUAGAAUUAUGUGCCGAAACGGGGAAUCGCACAAACACCUUUGCAAGGCUAACUUACAAACUUAUGGGACAGGAUUCAGACAAGUCUGGAUAAAGACGGAUUCUAACGGUUAAAAUCUCAUCAUUUGCCUUUUACUCAGGAAUAAAAUCGACAUCUUGACUUCUAGGAAUUUCAGAUAAACCAGAUAACCCCGCUGACAACGAUUUAUAUUCGUGAUUUCACGCAGUAGGAGAUUACUAAACUGAUAUGGACGUUGGAGGAGACCAAGGUUCGACCUGGAUUCGCCCGGACACACGAGCACCAACCGGACUUGAUCAAACUUCAAACGGGAUGCUCUCUGCAGAAGAAGUCCCAGAUAUGUUCUUCCACUCUGCGGUGGAUGGCAACUCCUCGCAUAUGAACCCUGCUAGUUAUUACUCCAGUCCUGCUCGGGCGGCUGUCCACAGCUACAGGCCGCCAACUCAUGGCGGCAGCCAAGUGUGUAGACCUCACUUCCACACACCUCUCCAUCAUUGGAUCACAGACACCAAACCAACCAUGGUCCCUCACGCCCAUUCCAACUGGAUGUCUCCCUUCAGCAAAGGUCUGACGCAUCCACACACAUCGGGACCACUCUCAGUACACGCAGGGGCCUCAAUAAACAACAACAGCUCCCAAAACGCUUCGCAUUUAUUCAGCUUUCCCCCUACGCCUCCGAAAGAUGGAACGCCGGAGACGGGUAACGCCAACAACAACAACAACAACAAUACAGAGUACAGCCCAGAAACCAAGCCAGCCAAAGACACGAACCCGACGUCGAUGGAUUCCGGGUUUUCUUUCAGUGCGUGUACCCCGACAGCCCAUCCAAUGGCCACGUACCCGGCUUACAUGACAGGGCCCGACUACACCAGUUCCCUCGGGUUCCACCCAGCAGCCAGUAUGUUCAAGGCAGCUACUUUGGCUCGGGCAAGAAGUAACAAACGAUCUAGCUCAGUCUCCACGAUGGACGUGUGGUUUAACCAAUGCAAUGACACCAAUCUUACAAUGUGUACUUCAGAGGGACGAGAGUGCGUCAACUGCGGAGCUACCUCAACACCGCUGUGGCGUCGUGACGGAACGGGACACUACCUGUGCAAUGCCUGCGGACUAUACCACAAAAUGAACGGUGCUAACCGACCACUCAUCAAGCCAAAAAGAAGACUGUCAGCAGCAAGGCGAGCUGGUACAAGUUGCGCUAACUGCGGCACUUCUACGACAACGUUAUGGCGGCGGAACCAGAACGGUGAUCCUGUCUGCAACGCCUGUGGACUUUAUUACAAAUUACACAAUGUUGCCCGACCACUGACCAUGAAAAAAGAUGGCAUCCAAACGCGGAACAGAAAAAUGUCGACGAAAAGUAAAAAGGGGAAGAAGGGAACAUCAAUGUGCGAUCUUUUAAAGCCUUUGGAUAAACCUUUUUCGACAUUCUCUCCGCCAAACCUCAGCCCAGCCAUGCACAACCCCAUGCCGACCUACAUGCCCUCUAUGGGCGGCUCAUACGGUUCUCAUCACGGGUCGUCACAAAUGGGCGGACUAUCAUCCGGUAUGUCCGGUCUAACACACCAUGGUGGACUUUCACAUCACGGUGGUUUCUCACACGGACUCAACCACAGUGGACUGAACAACUUUUCAUUGGGCCAUUCCUCACUGACGUCACUUCCUUCUAGUCUCUCCUCUUCAUUUUCUACGUUACCCUCUGCCGGACUAAAUUUAUCCACAAGUACGACGAUGGUGGGGGCAGCAAUGGCAUGAUAGACGUUGGUCAAAGGAACACUAAAACCCGCUACGGAUAUUUGCAUAAUUUAUUCAUAAGAUGGUGGUCAGUUUUGAAAGGAACUCAUAAAAUGUUGACGUUUCUACCAUAGAGUGACGACAUUUUGAUCUUGAAAUAAUGACGUGUUUCAAGGAAUGUCAUUACUUAUUCCCCAUUCUUUGUGACAACUCUGUAACUCAGUUUUAGCACGUGUAGAUUUGCUAAUAUCAUUCAACACUUGGGUGUGAGGCGUUAUAAGAUAUUUUUAUUCAAUGUCCAGUGUUUUUUUUUCACUGGACUUCAUCAAUAUUCAUAACAUUUGCCUGACUGUGCAAGGGGUUUGCCUCGAUCAGUUUAUUGACUGGACCAAUACUAAAAAGUUACCAUUUGUGUUCAUUUCAUUAUCGUACAUGUAUGCUCAUACACUGAGUGGGAUCGUUUUGUUGUACAUGCAUAUACAUGUAUUAAAUUUUUUUGGAGUCAUACAUGUAGUUGAAUACAUUUGUAUGGCAUUUCGGUUAAUGCCGUAGUAUCAUUUUCAUUUCAUUUGAUCGAAAAUCUGAUGCACAUCACCGAUUUAAUCGAGGAUGACCUGUCGUACUUGACAGAAUCGACCACAUCAGUAAUACUGGCAUGACUGGCGCUCUGUCCAAAGCAGUCCCUAUUAGGCCCGCUAUUGGGUAACUAUCGCUGUAGUCACUUUGCGACACUAUACUACAGGUCAUGGUUUAUCACUGCCGUAUAUAGUUCUCUUCCUGUCUCUGUUUCAUUUUAUCAUACCCCUGUACUUAGAAUACCACACCUUAUUAAAUUCAGAGAGAACGCUUCUUGAUGAGAAUUUGAACUUUUUUUUAUUCUGGGAGUUCGCCCCCAGAGUGGUCGGUUGAGUUCAAAAGUGCGAUUUUUUACAUUUCGACAAAAUUUGGUUAAAUGAGAAAUACUAAAAGUGUUAUUUUUCACAUUUGGAAUAAAUUUUUAACCGUAGUUCAGUCUCUGUCUUCCUAACUUUUGCGACGGUUUUUUGCUUAUCUUUGGCCAUACCAAGUCAUCUCAAGCGCAAAAAGCUUUAACAUUUCCAAAUGAAAAUGGCAUUUUAGAUUUACCAAACAUUCCAAUUCUUCGACUAUAAAAGAUAACGGUAGACAAUUUUUCAGUCAACAUUUUAGUCAAAUAAAAAAAAACAACAGCAUGGGUUUACACACAGUUUACGUUGUCACUUGUCGCGGGUCGUUCUUGUAUUGGAGAAUUCAACACGAGCUCUUUGUAAACCCAGCCUUGGCGGUAUAUGUUCUUUAUCCAGCAGGCAGUGAAUACAGGGACGAUGUUGUUUUUGCACUAGAGAAAUCCAUGACGAUGGCUGAAGCUAGUCUUCAUAUCUUGACAAGUAUUAGACAUAUAUGUAAAUAAUUCAAGAAACGUAUAAAGACUGAAAGUAUGACGCCAAUAAAAUAGCGUAUCACACUCUGAAUUUAAAAAAAUCGCCUUUCCGAAAGGUUUUCGGCUGGCACAGGUGUGCACCCCUAGUUCCUAUGUAAAUGAAAAAUGGGAAAUGAAAAACCUCAAAGAGGUGCGUGAAAAAGCCUCAAAGGUUAGGUGUUUCAAAGGUUCAAAGGCCUUCAUUUUUAGGACAUGUAAGAGCGUACGUCAGGAAGAUUUAAACGAUUUCGGUGUUGGCGGCACCGUUGAUUUUUCUGUAGAUCAACAUCCGUGGUCGUUACAGAAGAAUUUAGCGUUGUCCUUCGUUCAGUCUUGAAACGAUUCUUAUCUAUUUGUAAUGUUUUACCAUGUGCUAUAUUUAGCUGUGUCCAUUCUGUACAUAAUAAUUUAACGUCUAGUUUGGUCAGGUGGUUACCUGGUGUAAGGAAUCCCCAAAAUGGGUUUUUUUUAUACAAAUGAAUGAAAUCUGUCACGUUACAGAAUUGGUGGUAUGUCAUAUCAAUGUGAUAUGGAGAAUAUUAAUAUUAUUUGUAUAUAAGUGAUUUAUUGGUGGUAAACUUGUG